GAAAAUAACCAGAAGUGGAGAAUGAUGAAAGUGCGGGACCUCACUGCAUCCUGUGGUUGCUGUAGAGAUGGUGGCUGUGUACUGGUGCAGGAAGAGGCUGGACUGGUGAGACUGGAGCUGCUCCCGGGAAUGCCAGCAGUGGUUUGACCAUAAACUCCAUUAUACAACUGUUCACAAAACAAUGGAAGACGCUUGUCAUCCACAAUCGGAGAGUUAUGUUAUAAUAAAACUAAAAAACAGAAAUGAAAGAUCUGAACUCAAAGUAUCAAAGAGUGAAUGUGGGGAAGAAACCUUCCUGUUUCUGUGCCGUCAUCUAAGAAUUCCCCCAGAGAAGAUAAGACUGGUCUGUAGAGGAAAAAUCGUGACCAAGGACAACCUGUCCUCUUUUAUUGCCAACGGAGCCAUUUUUCAGGCAUUUGGGGAAGAAGCUGAAGAUGAAACCGGCUUGGAUGUCAGAGACAUUGAGGUGCUGAUGAAUCAGUUAUCAGUGGAGAGGAACGUGGCUGUGAAAGCUUUGAGGAAGACUGGAGAUCUUAUUGAUGCCAUCUUGUAUGUUUCUGAGAACUUGUAGGAUCUUUUCUCAUGUAACAUUAUAAAUAAAUAUUCCUUAUAUUUGUAA